AUGCGUUUCAUGUCGGCCGUAGGCACCGCUCACGUUGUGACGUGGCGACAGAAGGUUGCACGAACCGACGAAGAUUUCCGUAGAGGACGAUACGCCAUCGUCGGUAGCUGCAACACGGCGCUGCAACGCUGCAGUAGCUGCAACACGGCGCUGCAACGCUGCAGUAGCUGCAACACGGCGCUGCAACGCUGCAGUAGCUGCAACACGGCGUGCAAUCAGCGCGUCUCUGCCAAUCACCAAUCAUCUGAUCAGCGUUAUCAGGUCUCUGCCAAUCACCAAUCAUCUGACCAGCGUUAUCAGGUCUCUGCCAAUCACCAAUCAUCUGACCAGCGUUAUCAGGUCUCUGCCAAUCACCAAUCAUCUGACCAGCGUUAUCAGGUCUCUGCCAAUCACCAAUCAUCUGACCAGCGUUAUCAGGUCUCUGCCAAUCACCAAUCAUCUGACCAGCGUUAUCAGGUCUCUGCCAAUCACCAAUCAUCUGACCAGCGUUAUCAGGUCUCUGCCAAUCACCAAUCAUCUGACCAGCGUUAUCAGGUCUCUGCCAAUCACCAAUCAUCUGACCAGCGUUAUCAGGUCUCUGCCAAUCACCAAUCAUCUGACCAGCGUUAUCAGGUCUCUGCCAAUCACCAAUCAUCUGACCAGCGUUAUCAGGUCUCUGCCAAUCACCAAUCAUCUGACCAGCGUUAUCAGGUCUCUGCCAAUCACCAAUCAUCUGACCAGCGUUAUCAGGUCUCUGCCAAUCACCAAUCAUCUGACCAGCGUUAUCAGGUCUCUGCCAAUCACCAAUCAUCUGACCAGCGUUAUCAGGUCUCUGCCAAUCACCAAUCAUCUGACCAGCGUUAUCAGGUCUCUGCCAAUCACCAAUCAUCUGACCAGCGUUAUCAGGUCUCUGCCAAUCACCAAUCAUCUGACCAGCGUUAUCAGUGGGGCCAAGGAGACCCAGCCCAGGGCCCAGAGGGCACAGAGGAGGCCCAGCCCAGGGCCCAGUAG